AUGCAAUCUUACGAAUCAACUAUUGAGAAUGUUCAUACGACAACUCCUGGCGCAUUUAUAACUUCUCAACCCUCAACACCAGAUGGUACGCUAGAGGUUGAGCGCUUUCCUCGAGAAGAGUUCUCUUUUCUUCCUCACAUUAUACAAAUCCUUGAGAAGGUGGAGACGGGUAAAAAUGAACAGGAAAUAAAAAAUAUGACGAGAAAACUUAAAGAAAAGUUCCGAAAAUGUCAGCAAAUUUUACACGAAUUGCCUGGUGCUGAUCUUUCGAGAGAAGAACAAGAACAAAUUUUACGACAAGAGAAACAAUUAUUGGACCAAAAGAGGGCUGCUCGGCAUAAAUACUUGGAACUUCCGAUAAUGUCUAACAAAGUAAACGAAAACGAUGGAGAUUCAGUUAAUACUAUUCAAGAAGAGACGACUAUGGACACUCGGGAGGGUUGA